AUGCCUGGUCUUCCUGGUCUGCCAGGUCUUACUGGAGAACGAGGGCCUAGUGGAUUGCCAGGAAAUUUAGUAGAACAGCCAGCACCACGGGGAACUCAAGGACGGACAGGGCCUUAUGGUCAACCGGGACCCCCAGGCCCCCAAGGACAACCAGGAAGGCAAGGACCGCCUGGACCAGUUGGUGAAAAGGGUACAAAUGGAUUGAAUGGACUUCCGGGCCGAAAUGGGCCGAAAGGAUCACCUGGCAGGGAUGGAGCGCCGGGUUUGUAUGGAGGUUGUGACCAUUGCCCUCCUCCUAGACUAGCUAAUGGAUAUGAUCAAUUAGAUAAAACAGUGGAUGAUCAAUAG